CAAGUGGUGACUCUAAAACAAAAAAAUAAUCCUAUUUCGAAUAAUGUCACUUUAAAUGAAAAAACUCCCUUAUGCAUUUAUCCUUCGAGGUAGGUGCGUAAAAAGGAGGUGUGACAUUGCCCACUAUGAAGGCUAGAGUGCGCCGGUUUGUGCACGGCCAUAGCCCCUUGGUUAUUAAUGAGGUUGCAACAACCAUUAGGGUAUGAUACACAGUGUUUGGGAGGACCCGAUUGUGUCUAUGCUAUGAGGGGUUGCUAGAGUUCUUAGGCUUCUCCAGAUGUUGUCAUCGGUACAUUGAUUGUCUAGUCUCAUGAUGUAUAUAUCCUUAUUGAUCUCGGUUCCACUUUGUCAUAUGGCACUCCUUAUGUUGCUAUGGAUUUUAGGAUAGAACCGGAACAGCUUCACGAGCCGUUCUUCGUAUCUACUCCGGUUGUUGAGUCUAUUGUGGCUGUGUAGGUUUAUAAGGAUUGUGUCGUUACGAUGCAUGGAUGAGACACCAUGGCUCUCAUUGAAUUUGGGAUGGUUGAUUUGAUGUAAUAACGGUGAUGCACUUGCUUUAUUCAUGUUUUUCUAAGCUUUAUUGUUGAACCAGAAUCGUUAGGUUUGAACUUCCAAAUUAGCCAAUUAGUGAAUGGAAAUGGGAUGAUGUUGUGUCGGAGGGUAGGUUUAUUUCUUACCUUAAUGCCAUGAAGACAAUGAGCAAGGGGUGUAUUUACCAUUUGGUCCGAGUUACGGACACUGAUGCUAAGGCACCUACACUUGAGUUUGUGCCAGUGGUGAAUGAAUUUUUGGAGGUCUUUCCUGAUGAGCUGUACGGGAUUCCACCAGACAUGGAGAUUGAUUUUAGGAUUGAUGUGAUGCAAGACAUGCAACUUAUAUCUACAUUGCCCUACAUAAUAGCACAAGAAGAAUUGAAGGAACUAAAGGAACAAUUGAAGGAUUUGUUAGCUUAUUUUUAUGCUUCACCCCCGUAUCCUUUGUGUUGAUAAAUUUUGGCUACUACGUUUGCGCAAGCCUUGGCGAUGGAGUGAGGAUGAGAUCGCCUCCUGACGGCGAGGUGGAGACUUCGGAGCCUGUUAAGGGCAGGAAAAGGAAGAAUAUGGAGGCUCCUGAUUCUAUUGCGGCAGUGAAACCUAAAUCACGCAGGCCUCGAGCUACUGCCAGGACCUUGGCUUCUGCUUUCGGAGAAAGUCAUAGCACUGGGGAUGAAGACGAUGAUGAGGGCGAGUACCGUUUGGUACAAAAAAUGAGGUCGGGCGCGGAUGUCCUGCAGGUGUCCUGACUGGAGGCCGUUGAAUCGAGAACGGUCGAUUCCGAUCGAUCCCGUGUGAUGGAGACCCUCGAGGAGGGUGCGAAUGCCGUCUGUGAGCCCCUGGCCGGAUGUGGUGCAGUUCCCGCUGGAGAGAACGUUACUGCUAAUCCCAAAGGGUCUGGGCCCGGAGCUUUUCGGGGGCAGGAUUUGCCCCUAAGAUAUAUCGAUGCCCUGAGUGGCCUUAAUUUGGGUCCUCAGUUCUCGUCCGGGGAAUUGUAGGACACUCCGAACCCGAAUGUUGCUAAUGUGGGGGGUCCUCUCAAGGGGAGAGAUGAGAUCGGUAACUUCCUUGAUGAUGUCAGCGUGGAUAGUGACCUCGAUACUCCCAGUGCAAUCGAGGCAGUGGAGAUGUUCCAGCGGCAGUCUAAGGAGAUGUAUGAUCACGCCCUCUCUAGGCUCCAAGAGGAGCUUUUAUGUCAUGGAAGGGAGCUCGAGAUGCUCACAUCGGGACUGCAGGAGUCGGGGGCCUCAUCUGCCCGAAAGGAGAAGGAGUUAAGCGAGCUUCGGGCAGCUUUGGAGGGAGUGCUCCGAGAAAAGGCUGAUAUUGCUAAGCAGAAGAAUGUGGAGAUCCUCGAGCCGAGGAAGCGAAAUGAGGUAGUGACCUCGGAAUUGGCAUCAACCCAUUUUUUUUUCGAAAAUGCUCGAAAAGAGAUUGAUGCGCUAUCUGCGGCAAAGUCCGAGGUCGAAGAUAAAGUUGCUACUUAUCUGAAGGACGACGCCACUACGAAUCAAAUAGCCCUAGAUAUAUCAGUGGAGGCCGAGCAAAAGCUGAUUCGGACUAGUGCCAAGGCGAGAAGGCAGGCCUUAGAGGAAGCCAGUGCCAAAGGGGCCGAUCUCUCAGAUGAGAUUGAGAAGACCCGAGAGUCAGAGGAUGAAUUGGUGCUCUUAGUUGCUUUGGACGAAAGUCCAGGAGACGGUUCAGAGGGUAGUGAUAAUGAAGAGUAGGCCUGCGUCGUCUUUCUUUUUCUUUUUUCUUUUUGUGUAUGUAUUCCUAGAGAAACAAGUUUUGUAAAGACGCCCCUUGUAAAUAUAUUUUUUGGCAAUGCAAGAGAAUUUUUCUGCUUCAAGUCUUUCCAUUCAUGAUAUUCCAGCGUUUAUGCGGAGUUAUCCUUCAAAUUUUGAAGUUGGCACUUAAGAUAUCAUAUUCGGAGUAAUCAGGGCCCUAGAGAUCUGGUACCGUCACGAAAUUAGGCCGAUAGCUCCUUUGGGCCGAUGCUUAUGAUAGCAGCGAAAAUCGGGCUCUUAAAUACCUCCCGAACACCGUGUGAUAGCAUCAUUCUGCGGCGUGAUAGUGGGGCCCCCGGGAUGGUCCUGCCAGUACAUUUCCCAAAAAGUGGGUCUAUCAUGGCCAGACAUAAUUGGUCUUCUGGAUAGGCGAACAGUCGCCGCUUGCCUUUAUAAAUGCACUAGCUCAUUUCUUAACUAGAGGCUUUGCUACUCUGGCUAACUAUUUCCUUUAUAGAGUUUUUGUUUUUUUACGCUAGUUCUCUCGUUGUUUCAACUCAAAGCCUUCGUCCAAAUCUUCAUCCUCCUCUUCAAAUUUUACCGUAGCCAUGGAUGCUACAUCGAUAUCCGCCCAUCAAGGAGAGGGGGGUUCUGCCUUUAUUCCGUGUUCGGUCGGUGGUACACCGCCGGUAUCCGGUGAGAGGGCCUCGAGGUGAUUUGUCUCGAGGAGAGACUUUACGUUGGAGAGACCUCCCAACGUUCAAGGGCGUCUGGAGAAUGCUUCGAGGUUUGUCUCCUCAAUAAGGGAGGAACACCUCGAGAUGAUUAGGAGAGACUGCUGAUGGGGGGAAGCCGUGGUACUGCAGGUACCUUCCCCGAAGGAGAGCAUCACGACCCAUGUCGAGGGGUUUCUAAGUGUGUAUACGUAUCCUUUUACGUUGGGUACCCCGAUAGGGUCGUGCUGGAAUUCUGUAGGAGGUAUCAGGUUACCUUGGCGCAAGCUCACCCAUCCUUUUGGAGGAUAAUGCUGAUGAUAAGAUACUUUGCGGAUAAGGCCGGGCUUGAAUUAACCCUUAGCCAUCUUGUUAGGUAAUAUCGGCCUCUGCAUUACCGGGGCUUGAUUACUCUACGACGUUUAUCCACCCGGUCCCCUGCCGCUAGCGAUGGAGAGGAUGAGGGUCGAGGGUGGAUGAGCCGAUUUGUUCGAGCACGGACAAUCAAUAUCAUCCCUGGAGAGCUUUUGCCAUUUCCUAAGAAAUGGAAUUUCACACAUAAUUGGUAUACCUAUAUUUUUAUCGUUUUGCCCAUAGUGCAGGUCGGAUCCUUAAUGACUUUUUUUCAUUUUACUUUCUUUAGCGAUUCCCUGGCUGUCGGACAAGGUUCCUGACCUGGCAGAAUAGUCCCGUAAACUAGCAGCUUGCUCGACUUACAAUAAGCGCAAAUGGCGAGACCUGUCCAAGUGGUGAUGGGAAGAAAAGCAUCAUGGUAGGUGUUCAGUGGCUCAUUUCCUUAGAAAAUGUACUUUCUUUUUAGCGCGCUAAAUCUCCCGCCACAGGUUUCGGAGAUUUUUUCGAGAUGAGGCCGUGCCCCUGGGGAGGAGGAGAGAUUUUCGACCUCGAGUCUAGGAUCGAUAAUAAACGAAAAGAGUCUCUGAGGUGUGAGGAUGCUCACGGCGGGGCGAGUGCUUCUCUGAGGUUCAAAGGAGGCGAGUCGGCCGAUCUUCCGACUUUGGAGGCCUCUAUUUUUUAAAGACCAUUUCCCGUUCCUGUCGAAGGUACUUCGAGGGUUAAGGGUCAUGCGAUACCUUCCUCUUUUCCUACCUAUGGAACUUCGCGAGGGACUAGGCCGUCGGAAGUAGGCACUUCCUUUGGUGAGGGCUAUCGAUUUUGGAGUUUCCGACCUAGAGGUUAUGUGGCCUUGAGUUUUCGACGCCAGUCCUCGAGUGCUCGGGACGCUUUUUGCUUUGGAGUCGUUUUGUGACUUUUAUGUUGCCUCAUUGAGGGCUUAUUAGUUUGGAACUACGACCGGAGGUCAUUCAAGCUUUGUAUUGUUGACGCCAGUCCCUGAGUGUUCUGGGCAUUUUUUGGCUUUGGAGCCGUUUUGCAAAAAUGCCGAGUUUCUUUGAAACGCGAAAUGCUUCGGAAAGUAUUCUUUUGAUUACUUGGUGUAAGUAUACAUUUUUUUGCUAUUAAGGGCUCGGUUAUUCUAUGCGGACACGGCUCGUUCGACCAUUUGGCAUGGUACAUUAUCUUCCUAUCGAGACCCUGUUCAGCACAUCUUAGCUUUUUCGAGGAGGCGAUCUUUUGUGGGAAUGCCCCAAGUAUUUGAGGUUGAUUUAAAAAGAAGCCUUCAAUACUUGUUUGGUCUUUCGUAGGUAGCAUCUAGAUGUUUCCUCGUUAAAAACCUUAUCGGUAAAACCCUUCUCGGGAUAAAACCCGAUCGAAGGAAAAAAGUCCCACGUGUGCUUUUUUGGAACCUAAGGCCUUCGAGUUGGGAAGCGCUCCCGCCGUUUCGAUCCGAUGCCUGCGUUCAAGUUAGAAUAAAAUAUAACUGAAAAAGGGAGAUCACUACACCUUAGUGCUGACGGCGCUUCAGACCUCGAUGUGAUUCGAUCGUUUGUUACGAGGACUCGGUACGGUCCUUCGUUUUGUUCAGUUGGACGUAGCCGAGAAUGUAACUUGUUAUCGCUAUGUCAUUGCUUACUUACCCUUCGUCCCCUUUGACGGUGGAGAUAUUGGCAUUUUGGGUUGUGUCAGCCACAUUGACUGGUAUGGUGGUUUUCAUAUGCCGUGUUGAAUCCGUUGAACACUCGAGGGGCGGGCAUAUUUUGGUCAGGCAGUCCAAGCUGCUCUAUCACCCUUGACCUGAUAAUAUUGGAAGAGCUACCUGGACCCACAAGCACAAGUUUAAUUUGAAAUGUAUCCACAAGAAAAGAAGUUACCAAUGUGUCAUUAUGAGGCUCAGAUAGAACCUCGAAUUCGCUUUUUCCUUGUAAGGGAUAUUUUUAUUCUCCUGACUGUGGGCUCUUGCAGGGCGCUGACACAUUUAAAAAUCAUAUAAGUGACAUGUUGUGGCUCAUUUGCUUCGUUCUUCUUGGUCUCUUCUCUUUCCCGGAACUGAUUUUUUGCUAGGUCGCUGAGGAAUUCCCGGAGGUGACCUUUGUUGAGUAGUCGGGCUACCUCUUCCCAGAGUUGUCGGCGAUCUUCAGUCCUGUGACCGUGUGUGGUGUGAAAUUCACACACUAAGCUAUGGUACAUUUGUGAAGGAUCUGAUUGUACGGGCCUUGGCCACCUGGUGUGUCACGCCCCGAACCUGGGGAGGCAUGGCUGGCACACGGUACCGUAGUGGCCCGAGCGAACCACUCUGUAACUCAUUCAUUCAUUUUGUAACUAUCAUGGGCCAACAUGGCCACAACUCGGAAUGUACAACUGCAAGUGAAAAAAACACUAUUUUGUUGAACUAUUUUUCUUAAAACAUGAAUACAUAUGGGUCGAAGACCUCUCA